AUGGCUAAAUCACUCAGAUCUAAGUCGAAAUUGAGAUCCAAGUCUUUAAAGAGGAAAGGAGAGUUCUCAAAGGCUGUUGAUGAAAGAACAAGACGACUCGCGGAGAAGUUAAAGCAGACAGAUGAAACACAACAGCAUCCGGAGAAGAGUAAAGUGCAAGAGAUGGAGCUUGACCAACCUAAAAAGAUAAGUACCUCUGGAUGGAGGGAUUCUAGGAAGCAGUCAUUCAAAAGAAAGAAGAGCACAAAGAAGACGCUUAGGUUUUAA